AACCGUGGGUGUGAGGAUGACUCUGAGGUGCAUGCGACCCUGAGAGAGAGGGAGACGGUGAAGGAGGUUUGAGAGUGAGGGGAGAGGAGGGUGUAAGGACGGAAAACCCGUGUCCUUCCCAGUCAGUGACCCUGUGAGCCUGAGUGAUCCCAUGGAGCACAGAGAGGCAGCGAGGAAGAAGCUGUUGUGCGAGGGACCGUGAGUAGAUUGAAUGGCCCAAACCAAGAAGUGGAAUUAGUCCUUGCUGUAAGGAAUUAUUUUCUUCGUGAUACCUGGCUCAUUUGUAGUGAAACAGCUUUAAAAACUGUGAAUUUUCUUGUAUUUUGGACAGGCCACAGUAAACACAGGUGUACAGGAACCAGUUACCAUGGAAGCCAGGGAGCUUGGGAGCCCCACACCCACCUACCAUCUUCUCCCCAAGGCCAACCAGCACACUGUAAAAGAAGAUGCCAGCUCACCAUCCCAAGAGUCUCCAGAAACUUUGCAGCUGAAAAAGGAGAUCUCCUUGUUGAACGGGGUCAGCCUGGUGGUGGGCAACAUGAUUGGCUCAGGGAUCUUUGUUUCACCCAAGGGUGUUCUGAAAUACACUGCUUCCUAUGGGUUGUCACUAGUUGUGUGGGCCAUUGGUGGGCUCUUCUCUGUUGUGGGUGCCCUUUGUUAUGCAGAACUUGGGACCACUAUCACCAAAUCAGGGGCCAGCUAUGCAUAUAUUCUAGAAGCCUUUGGGGGCUUCAUUGCCUUUAUCCGCCUGUGGGUCUCACUUCUAAUUGUUGAGCCCACCAGUCAGGCCAUCAUCGCCAUCACCUUCGCCAACUAUAUCAUCAAGCCCUCCUUUCCCACCUGUGAUCCUCCGUAUCUGGCUUGCCGGCUCCUUGCUGCUGCCUGCAUAUGUCUGCUGACAUUUGUGAACUGUGCCUAUGUCAAGUGGGGCACACGAGUACAAGACACAUUCACGUAUGCCAAGGUCCUGGCACUCAUUGCCAUCAUUGUCAUGGGCCUUGUUAAACUGUGCCAGGGACACACUGAGCACUUUCAGGACGCCUUUAAGGGUUCCUCGUGGAGUGUGGGAAACCUCUCUCUUGCCCUGUACUCUGCCCUCUUCUCUUACUCAGGUUGGGACACCCUUAAUUUUGUAACAGAAGAAAUCAAAAACCCAGAAAGAAAUUUGCCCCUGGCCAUUGGGAUUUCUAUGCCAAUCGUGACACUCAUCUACAUCCUGACAAACGUGGCCUAUUACACAGUGCUGAACAUUCAGGAUGUCCAUGAGAGUGAUGCCGUGGCCGUGACAUUUGCUGACCAGACAUUUGGCAUGUUCAGCUGGACCAUCCCCAUUGCUGUUGCUCUGUCCUGCUUUGGGGGCCUAAAUGCAUCCAUCUUUGCUUCAUCAAGGUUGUUUUUUGUGGGCUCUCGUGAGGGCCACCUCCCGAACCUUCUGUCCAUGAUCCACAUUGAGCGCUUUACACCUGUGCCUGCUUUAUUGUUCAAUUGCACCAUGACACUUAUCUACCUCGUUGUGAAGGAUGUUUUCCUGCUCAUCAACUACUUCAGCUUCAGCUACUGGUUCUUUGUGGGCUUGUCUGUUGUGGGACAGCUCUAUCUUCGCUGGAAAGAACCUGACUGGCCUCGACCUCUCAAGCUGAGCCUCUUUUUCCCCAUCGUGUUCUGCACAUGCUCCUUGUUUCUGGUGGCCGUACCCCUCUUCAGUGAUACCAUCAACUCCCUUAUUGGCAUUGGGAUUGCCCUCUCCGGGGUCCCUAUCUACUUCAUGGGUGUUUACCUGCCAGAGUCCCGGAGGCCACUCUUUAUUAGAAAUGCUCUGGCUACUGUCACCAGAGUAACCCAGAAGCUUUGCUUUUGCGUCUUGACUGAGCUAGAUGUAGCUGAAGAGAAAAAUGUUGAGAGGAAAACUGACUAGAAGCCAGCGAUGACAUUCCCUGAAGCCCAGAAGGCUGUGACCACAGCCACCAAAGACCAGUUACUUAACUCUUCUGAAUUAAAGGAGCUUGUUGGCCCACAUUCUGUAAAGGGGCUCAGGGCCAGCUUUCUCAUUGGUAAGCUAUGGGCAGACACUGAUCAGGCCAGCCUGAAGGU